UCUAGGGGUUUGAAGCACUGAGGAGUUGAAGAAAGAGUCAUGUCAUGUCUACACUAAACACAGAAGGACAAGAGCAGGUCUUCAAGUUAAGGGAAAAGUGGGAUGGCCUCUGCAAUGAACACAGACGAACAAGGGCUUGCAGCCCUGUUGAAUUUUCUCUCGAAAACGGGACUGGAGGAAUUCUAUCCCAACAAACUCACUCUUCAAUCUCUUUUGGAGAUCAACAAAAACAGUGUAUAUGAAAAAGCUGUUUCAUCGUUGAAAGAUCUACCUUGGUGUUUUCUCAGAAAUCUUGUUAAAAUCAAUGCUGAAUGUAGGAACUGUACACAAAUAUCAGCCAAUCAUGGGGAAGACACUGAAGAUCUUGACUUUGACCUUUAUACUGCAGAUGACUCUGACAAUAAGGUCAAUGUUCAUGAUCUCAUUGUGGCACUCUUUCAUUGUGCUGACAGCUUCUUGCAACAGGAAAUGUCCCUGAAGAUGUCCAUGUGCCAAUUUUCUGUCCCACUGCUGUUGCCCUAUGGAAAUAAGAGUCAGUGCAGCCUGAUGCUUUGGGCUCUGAGAGAUAUCGUAAAAGAGUGGCGUCCACACGAUCUGUCUGAAUCAAGAGGUUUUGUUGAAGAAAACAUUGUCCAAGCAAAUAUACCAUUCUAUUCAUUUGUGAGGCUGAAAAACUGCAGCUUAUCAAAAUCUCAGAUUUUGAAUCAGGUUCUCAGUCGUGGGCAGCAGAACCACAAUAUCUUCAUACACAGAGAUAUGGAAGGAGGAACACUUCAGAGAGAAAUAGCCAAUGGAUUGGUAGAAGUUUGCUGGUACCUUCCCUGUGGGAGAGAAAAUCUUGAUAUAUUUCCAGAGCCGGUCGCCUUCGCCAAUUUGCGAGGAGACGUUUGUGAGUCACUCACACAAUUCAACUUUCUUUUCCAAGUGUCAACUGCUACCUUUGUGUUUCUGGACAAAAUUGAAGAAAACGAGCAGGAGGUUCUUGCCUCUCUGCAAAAUGUGAAAUCAAAACUCGUCUUGAUCAUUAAUCGCAGAGAGAAAGGUGCCACAGAGGACAUGAUGUCUGUCAAGAAAACAAUGGAAAAAUUAGACUUGCCAAAGAGUAGUGCAAAAACCAAAGACCCAAGGGUUAAUGGAGCAGAGUUUUCAAAGAAACUUUGUGCUGCCAUCAAGGCAUCUCUCUUAGAAGUCAAAACUACAAUAAGCAUUGUAAAUAUGCUUGACAAAGCUUCUGAACUCGGUCUGUCAGUGGACGAAAGCAAAACUGACAAACAAAGAAAAACAGCUGAUGGGCUCAAAGAUGGCAUUGGAGUCCGAAAUGUCCCUCAGUACAAGAAUCAGCAACUUCCUCUGCAAGGUGAUAAUUGGAAAAGGUUAUCACAAUUAGAGAAGGAGGUGUGUAGAUUGAAGAAACCUGGUGAGGAUUUUAAAUCUCAGCUUGAGGAAGAAAUAAAAGAUAUCAAGAAGAAACAAAGACAAUACAAAAUGUCCAAAGCAAUGAAGACUUUCAUUGAGAAUUUAUCUACAAGAGACAAAGAAAACAGAAAUGUAUUUCUUAAGUGGAUGAAAUUAAACCUUGACACAUAUUCAAGGAACAAACUGUGUAGACUGCGCAACGAAUUCAAGGAGAGGUGCAAGAAAAAAGAAGUAAAACUCAUUGCAGAGUUAGAUCAAGCUUUGCUGGAGAGCUCGUUGGGAAUAGAGCAUUACAUGAGAGAGAUGGGACUGAUCUAUGAGGUUUACUGGCAGUCACAAGAAGUUGUUGGUGAAAUGUCUCAUCUGGCAGGUUUGGCUGCUGAAAUGCUGUUGGAUGGAUAUCCUUUAGAGCUCUUGGAUGGAGAUGCUUCCAAUAUCCCACAGAGAUGGGUCACAGAUGUGCUGAUGGAGCUCCACAAGAAGGUUGAAGAGAGGAGCAGAUUGUUGGUACUGACUGUGUUGGGGGUUCAAAGUUCAGGGAAGUCAACGCUCCUCAACACCAUGUUUGGUGUGCAGUUUCCUAUCAGCAGUGGCAGAUGCACAAGAGGAGCUUAUAUGGUCUUCCUUCCAGUGGGACAAGAUUUGAAACAAGAACUCAAUUAUGACUUUGUAGUUCUCAUUGACACAGAGGGUUUAAAAUCUCCUGAUCUGGCACAACUAGAGGACAGUUAUGAACAUGACAACCAGUUGGCAACCUUUGUCAUUGGCUUGAGUGAUGUCACCAUCAUCAACAUUGCAAUGGAGAAUGCAAAUGAAAUGAAGGAUGUCUUGCAAAUCACAGCUCAUGCAUUCUUGAGAAUGAAGCAAAUUGGGAAAAAGCCAGUUUGUCAUUUUGUCCACCAAAAUGUUGCAGGAGUCUCAGCUCAUUCCAAGUGCAUGACAGAAAGACAACAUCUCUUGGACCAACUCAAUGAAAUGACUCAAAUUGCAGCUGAAAUGGAUAGACACCCUUCGAUAAAAGCAUUCACAGACGUGCUGGACUAUGACAUAGAAAAAAACAACUGGAACAUCCCAGGACUCUGGCAUGGAACCCCUCCGAUGGCACCGGUGAACACAGGUUACAGUGAAGCUGUGGCAGAUUUCAAGAAAAAUCUUUUGGAGUCAAUGAAAAGUGACGGAGGCAAUGACCCUGCACAGAUCCCAGAGUUUCUAGAGUGGGUGAAAAGUCUCUGGAAGGCAGUGAAGUACGAGAACUUCAUCUUUAGUUUCAGAAAUGUUCUUGUGGCUCGAACAUAUGACAACCUUUGCAAAGACUUCACUCAGUGGGAAUGGGAGUUCAGAAAAGAGAUUCUCUCCUGGCAGACAGACGCAGAGAUAGAAAUCAAAAAUGCUGACAAUGAAGCUGAAGAGGAAACUUGGAAAGGACUGGUUGCAUCGAAAAAAAUUGAAGUGUUCCAAAAAAUCACAGAUCAGCGAACACUAAUGAAGGACAAACUUCAGCAAUACUACAAAAGGAAAGACAAACACAUAAAUCUGAUAGAGAAAUACAAAGCUGACUUUUAUAACAGUAUCAGUGGUCUUGCAACUGAAAUCGAACAAUCUGUGACUACUAAGCUAGACUGCAUCCUUAAACUUAAAAUAACUACCAAGAAAGCUCAGGACAUACAAAAGAAAUGUAGAGGUGACAUUGAGGAAAAGGUCAUGAAGCUCUUGAGUGACUGUAAAAACUCCAAACUGUCUGAUGAACAGCUAGCGUGUGAGUUUGAAAAGAUGUGGGCUAAAGCAACUGCAGAGUUGCCAAUUUCUGGCCUGAAAGAGCAAGACAUUGCUGGAAGUGUCCUGAAGCAAUUGAGAAAAAAUUUCUCAAACCAGAAUGUCAAUGAGGAAUUACACAGCAUUGACUUAAAGGAAACUGGGAGGGUUCCAUUUAAAGUCAGUGGGGACCAUAUGGACUCAUGGUUUAAAAAGUAUAUGUUCAAAGGAGCUUUGCAGAGCUUUACAGAUCAUGUCAUUGAGUCUUGCACACAGUUUGUAUUUGAUAAAGUCAAGACAACUGGAGAUUACCAUGACUCUUUCACAAGAGAUCUUCUAGAGAAAAUUGAUGAAUUCCUGAAAGACAAUUACAAGCAACACAAAACAAACACUAAGUAUGAGAUUGACCUCAAACUUCAUAUAUGCGGGAUUGCCACAAGGGAGUUCCUGAACAUGCACAGAAAAUAUCUGUCAGAAAACGAUCCCAAAACUCAGUUGAAGAAGUACAAGACUCAGUACUUGUCAGACUUCCUCGAUUUGUACAAACAGAGAGAUGACUGUCAGCGCAAAGCAACAGAUUUUGCCAGAUUUUGCAUCAAACCUGCUAUGGAAGACUACAUCAACAGAUCUCUGGGAAUAGACAUUGUGGAAGAAAUUUUGACAAGCAGCCAUUCAGCACAGUACAGCUCCCGCUCCUUCUUCCAAUACAACAUUCAGCAAGAGUUACUGCAUAAUGAAGACUUUGACAAGUUUGACAAGUACAUCGGUAACUAUGAAAAAUAUGUGAAGGACUGGAUAUAUCAGCACAUUCUACAAGAAAUGUCUGAAAAUGAGAGUUGGUGCAAAUUGAAGAACAAGAAUCUGCAGAUCAUAGUGAACAAAAUUACAGAAGCAAUAGAACAAGCCUCUAAAGGAGAGAAUGGGGUUCUGCUGCCAGAUGACACAGAGAGCAUCACAGAGCUCAUCAGCAACAUGCGCAAAUAUCUGAUUAAAGACGUCUCACUUUCAGUGGAGGAUGAGAAAUCCACCCUUUUUCAAAUCCAAAGCUCAUGCCAUCCAUUUAUUGACAGCCUCAAGGACACAAUAGAGGACUUAAGUGGACAGCUUCAGGAGGAAUUCUCAAACCCUGGUGAUGUCAUCAAGACUCUUGCCAAACUUCCAAUCAAACCACAGGAUGAGCUCUUUAACCGAGUGUUUGGUUGUGGACAACUAUGUCCAUUUUGUAAAGUUCCCUGUGAGGCUGGAGGCAAAGAACACAAGAAGCAUCACGCAGCUUUACAUCGACCACAAGGUCUGGGGGGAUACUCCGAUCUUGACAGUAGUAAACUGGUUGAUGCACUGUGCACCACUGAUGUGCACAGUGAAAAGACUUUCAGAAAUACAGUCACUAAAUCUCAAUGGCAUCCUUACAAAGAGUACACCACAUACUAUCCAGAUUGGCACAUUCCUCCAGAUCCCACCAUAGAAGCAUCUGACUACUGGAAGUAUGUCCUGGUAAAGUAUAAUGACAGAUUUGCUGAAAAAUAUAAAGUAAAGCCAGCUGAUGUUCCAAAUGCCUGGAGGAGGAUCACAAAGGAACAAGCUCUGAAAGGUCUUAGAGAAGCGUUCAACAUAAAGUAAAUAAACUGGAACAAAUAUUUUCAAGUAAAAUGGUGUUUAAACAUGCAAGAUUUUUACCCACAAUUUUUCAGCUAAAAGCUGGGAAUAGUUGUAUCUCAAAUUUGAGAUUUUCUUGUCAUUUGUCUGAUGUAGAAAGUUGUUGUUUUUUUGGGCACAGCGACAUACAUAAACCCUAGUGAUAAAGACAGUGAUGCCAAUGAUGAUGAUGUUGACAUACAGGCCAUGUGAAACUUUCUAAAAAUUCAUUUUUUAUUAUUCUUUUUAUCAUUUUAUUUCGAACAUGU